GACGCUUUACGGUUGGAACGAUAAAUUGUGCAUUUGAAAAACGGUCACGUUACUUUUUACUUGACGCAGACUCUGUCCGGAAUGAUCCCACCACCGUAGCACAGAUCCCUGAGCACGAAG